AUGUCCCUCGACCACCUUCCCGUCUCACCACUCAGCAAGCCCAAAGACUUCAACUUCGCAACCCAUAUCGUCGACCACUGGGCACGCAGUAACCCCUCGCAAAACGCUCUAUACUGGGUCUCUCAGGACCUAAACACAGAGCGCAAAUUAACCUACGCGGAUAUCUCGUCCUCGUCGCAUCGUAUCGCAAAGUUGCUUUAUGGUCUGGGUCUGCGCGCGGGCGAUGUGUUGAUCGUGAUUCUGCCACGGGUACCGGUGUGGUGGGAGCUCGCGACGGCGUGUCUGAGGAGCGGGAUUGUGCUGUGUCCUUGCACGACGUUGUUGGUGGAGAAGGAUAUCGAGUAUAGACUUGGUGUUAGUGGCGCGGUUGCGUUUGUGGGUGAUGAGGUUAGUGUGGGGAAGUGUUUAAAGGUGAAGCAGAGGGGUGGGCUGAAGACGAUUAUUCGGGUGGAUGCUGGGACUGGUUCUGUGUCUGGUGCUGCAGAAGGUGCUGAUGGUGAGGUCAAGGAUUUUGAUGCGCUGCUGGCAAAAGUGCCCAAGGAUACGAAAUUUGAGGUUCCGAGCAGUUUGAAGGCGACGUCGCCGGCGUUGUGUUUCUUUACGUCUGGCACGACAGGCCCGCCGAAGAUUGUGUUGCAUACACAGAUUUCUUAUCCUUUGGCUCACUCGCUUACUGGUGCGUACUGGUUGCGACUGACCCCAACGAAAGAUAGUGUGUACUGGAACUUGAGUGAGCAGGGGUGGGCGAAGGCGGCCUGGAGCUUCUUUGGCGCUUUCACAAAUGGAGCAACACUGUUUGUACACGAUGACCGUCAAGCUUUUAGUGCGAAGAAAACUCUAGAGGUCCUUCAUAGAUUCCCGAUCAGUACCCUGUGCGCACCACCUACAGUGUAUAGACAGCUAGUGCUUGACGAAAGUCGGCAGCUGUUCGAAGGUUCCUUGAAACCACAGGCAUUGCGACAUGCUUGUGGUGCUGGUGAGCCUCUCAACCAAAGCGUGAUUGAGACAUGGAGAGCCAUGAGUGGUGGUAUGGAUAUUUGUGAUGGUUACGGACAAACAGAAACGAUCUUGAUAUGUGCAAAUCAGAAGGGUAUGAAAGUGAAGCCGGGAAGCAUGGGUAAGCCAUUGCCAGGAGUCCCACUGACGAUUAUCAACGACGAGGGCAAAGAGACGCAAGCUAAGGAGGAGGGUGAUAUCGCGGUAGAGAUCGACCCACCUGGGAAACAAGAAGACGGAUUCUUUGGUAUCUUCGAAGGGUAUGUAUUGGAUAUGAAGGCAAUGAAGUUGGACAGGCGGAUACGUCAAACGAAGGCCGGGAAAAGCUAUUAUGUGACUGGCGACCGAGCCACAAAGGACGAAGAAGGGUAUUUCUGGUUCGUGGGAAGAAACGACGAUGUCAUCAACUCUAGUGGCUAUCGUAUUGGGCCGUUUGAGGUGGAGAGCACACUGAAGCUACAUGAAGCAGUUGUCGAGUCUGCGGUGGUCGCAGCGCCUGAUCCUGAUAGGGAGGAAGUGGUAAAGGCUUUUGUGGUUUUGACGGAGAGCAGGUGGACGGCGGUGAAGAACGAUGCGGAGAAACAGAAAUCUUUGAUCAAAGAAUUGCAAGACUUUUGUAAGGAGCAUGCUGCACCAUACAAAUAUCCCAGAAAGGUGGAAUUCGUAGACGCAACAUUCCUGCCAAAGACGAUUAGCGGUAAGAUUAAGAGGGCGGAAUUGAAGAAGCUGGAGAAGGACAGGUACCAGGGGAAGAGCAAGUCAAAGCUAUGA